UCAGUGUUUUAAGUGCAGUUGUCCGAACGCUGGCCUCUAGGGAAAAGGUGUUUCCCAGUCAGACAAGUUGGGUAACCCCUGCAUCCUGUAUCUUCCUCCACUUGCAUAUUCACAAGGAAAGUCAACUUAAGUCAGCAUCUCCCAAACUUAGUUGAGCAGGGAGCCUUUUUACUCUGCGUAAUAGCUGUUAACAUCCUGCUGCAGGCAAUGAGUCCAGUCUCAUGGUGGAGGUUCAGAAAAUUAAACCACUUAACGCCGGGUGGAGCAAAAUGAGAGCGCAGUGAGCCGGCCCAGCCUCUCUCCCAGCCGUCCCCGACGCCCACCAUGAACCACUUGGAGGGGGCAGCGGAGGUGGAGGUGACGGACGAGGCGGCAGGCGGGGAGGUGAACGAGUCGGUGGAGGCCGACCUGGAACACCCCGAAGUGGAGGAGGAGCAGCAGCAGCAGCAGCACUAUGCGGGUCGCCCCCGGCGCCGGCGCGCCGUCGAGGACCCUCGCGCCCAGCCUGGGCAGCAGCAGCAGCAGGAAGAAGAUGAGCAUGGGGAGUGCCUGGCGCGCUCGGCUAGCACGGAGAGCGGCUUCCACAACCACACGGACACGGCCGAGGGCGACGUGAUCGCCGCGGCCCGCGACGGCUACGACGCCGAGCGCACUCAGGACCCCGACGACGAGAGCGCGUACGCUGUGCAGUACCGGCCCGAGGCCGAGGAGUACACGGAGCAGGCGGAGGCUGAGCACGCCGAGGCCACGCACCGCCGCGCGCUGCCCAACCACCUGCACUUCCACUCGCUGGAGCACGAGGAGGCCAUGAACGCGGCCUACUCGGGCUAUGUCUACACGCACCGGCUCUUCCACCGCGGCGAGGACGAGCCCUACGCCGAGCCCUACGCCGACUACGGGGGCCUCCAGGAGCACGUGUACGAGGAGAUUGGGGACGCGCCCGAGCUGGACGCGCGCGACGGUCUGCGGCUGUACGAGCAGGAGCGCGACGAGGCGGCCGCCUACCGCCAGGAGGCUCUGGGCGCACGGCUGCACCACUAUGACGAGCGCUCCGACGGGGAGUCCGACAGCCCGGAGAAGGAGGCAGAGUUCGCGCCCUACCCCCGCAUGGACAGCUACGAGCAGGAGGAGGACAUCGACCAGAUCGUGGCCGAGGUCAAGCAGAGCAUGAGUUCGCAAAGCCUCGACAAGGCGGCCGAGGACAUGCCCGAGGCCGAGCAGGACCUGGAGCGCGCCCCCACCCCGGGCGGGGGCCGCCCCGACAGCCCCGGGCUGCAAGCGCCGGGAGGGCCGCAGCGGGCCGCAGGCGGUGAGGCGGUGCAGCGGUACAGCAAGGAGAAGAGGGAUGCUAUCUCCCUGGCCAUCAAGGACAUCAAGGAGGCCAUCGAGGAGGUGAAAACCAGGACCAUCCGUUCGCCUUACACCCCCGACGAGCCCAAAGAGCCCAUCUGGGUCAUGCGCCAGGACAUUAGUCCCACCAGGGAUUGUGACGACCAGAGGCCGGUGGAUGGCGAUUCCCCAUCUCCGGGCAGUUCCUCACCCCUGGGUGCAGAGUCUUUGAGCACACCCCUUCAUCCUGGUGACCCCGCGGAAGCCUCCACAAAUAAAGAGUCAAGAAAAAGCUUGGCUUCAUUCCCAACCUACGUUGAAGUUCCUGGACCUUGUGACCCCGAGGACUUGAUUGAUGGAAUCAUUUUUGCUGCUAAUUACCUUGGCUCCACCCAGCUGCUCUCAGACAAAACUCCCUCCAAAAACGUGCGAAUGAUGCAGGCCCAGGAAGCAGUAAGCAGGAUCAAGAUGGCCCAGAAAUUAGCCAAAAGCAGGAAGAAGGCUCCUGAAGGUGAAUCUCAGCCAAUGACCGAGGUGGAUCUCUUCAUUUCUACCCAGAGAAUCAAAGUAUUGAACGCCGACACACAGGAAACGAUGAUGGACCACCCUCUGAGGACCAUUUCCUACAUCGCAGAUAUCGGGAACAUAGUUGUGCUGAUGGCCCGCAGGCGGAUGCCCCGCUCCAACUCCCAGGAGAACGUGGAAGCCUCCCACCCAUCCCAGGAUGGAAAAAGGCAGUACAAGAUGAUCUGCCAUGUCUUCGAGUCUGAAGAUGCCCAGCUGAUUGCACAGUCCAUCGGGCAGGCCUUCAGCGUGGCCUACCAGGAGUUCCUCAGGGCCAAUGGGAUUAACCCUGAAGAUCUCAGCCAGAAGGAGUACAGCGACCUGCUCAACACCCAGGACAUGUACAACGACGACCUCAUCCACUUCUCCAAGUCAGAAAACUGCAAAGAUGUCUUCAUAGAGAAGCAGAAAGGGGAAAUCCUAGGUGUGGUGAUUGUGGAGUCUGGCUGGGGAUCCAUCUUGCCAACUGUGAUCAUAGCCAACAUGAUGCAUGGAGGCCCGGCAGAGAAGUCAGGGAAGCUGAAUAUUGGGGACCAGAUCAUGUCCAUCAAUGGCACCAGCCUGGUGGGCCUGCCUCUGUCGACCUGCCAGAGCAUCAUUAAGAACAGGGCCUCUGAACACAAGCUGAGCGGUCUGUGUACCCAGCCUUUCUUCCUGCAUGCCGCGAUUGAAGCGGGCUGGAAAGCACCUGCUGUAGCCAUUCGUUCUGGACCAGAGGGCAGGUUAACAGAGUUUCGCCUGGAUUGUCCAGCUCGGGCACCGUCCGGCUGGACGAGGGGCACUGCGAGAGCUGACCAGGGCUUGAAGAAUCAGGCCCGGGUGAAGCUGAAUAUCGUGAGGUGUCCCCCGGUGACCACCGUGCUGAUCAGGAGACCAGACCUUCGCUACCAGCUGGGGUUCAGCGUCCAGAAUGGAAUUAUCUGCAGCCUCAUGCGAGGGGGAAUAGCAGAGAGAGGAGGCGUCCGUGUGGGACACCGCAUCAUUGAAAUCAACGGGCAGAGCGUGGUGGCCACCCCACACGAGAAGAUCGUCCACAUCCUCUCCAAUGCCGUGGGGGAGAUCCACAUGAAGACGAUGCCGGCUGCCAUGUACAGACUGCUGACAGCCCAGGAGCAGCCCGUCUACAUCUGAGGCCGCGCCCCGCGGUGGCAUGCAUGGAGGCCUCUCCUCACUUGUGGUUGUGUUUCUCGUGCUGCAUCUGUGUGCCCAUUGAGACCUUCCCCUCUCACGCCCAGCACUCGGUUUGACACGGAGGAAGAGAAUCCGCAGCGACCUCCCUCUCUCUCUCUCUCUGGUUUGCUUUGUUUGUUUUAAAUGCCAGGGAAGUUUUGUAUACACUCUUGUGAGGCUGGAGAGCAGGUCAAAGCCACCCAGAGUCUGCCGAGGACCUUCCUGAAGGGCCCUUGCGGGAGGGGGGCCUGAGGAGGGUUGUCACCACCCCGCACCCUCCCUUUUCAAGAGGUGCAGACCUCUUCGGAGGAGCCCCUAGGGACAGUGAAGAAGCCGAUUCCGCAGUGCCUACGAUCCAAUGGCUGAUCUCUGCUCUCUUCCAGUCAGUUCAUGCGAAUAUGGUAGUAAUGGGGGGGCCGGCCCACCAUGUACUUGGGGCAUCAUACGCCAUUUCCUCCCAGAAUUUCUGAGCCAACCUUAUGCCUCUUCUUUAGCCAGUUUUAGUUUCAACAUAAUUGUAUUUUCUAAUGUGAACCUUUUCACCCCGGGAUAGAAAGGGAACUACUGGGACGCGGAUACCCAUGCAGAGAACUGGGCGAUUCCCAAGGUUACCAACUGUUAGAUAAACACAGGCAGGUACUUCUGCCUUCUUCUACACCACACAUACGUACACACGUCUCACUUGCAUAUAUUCCACCCUGCCCUCCUGCCCGCCACCAGUGAGGCACCCAGAGCCCCUGGAAAACCCACAUGUUCUCUCUGUGAGGCCCCUUCCCCCACAGGUGAGGGCCGCGGGGGCCGGUGAGCCCUGUCCAGAGAGAGACAGCCCUCUGAGGCUGAGGUCCAGCCCUGCCGGCAGCUCCUUGGCUCAGGGGGUUCUGGUGGACUCCCAUGCACCUCCCCCCACCCAACACACACACCUCCCACACACACUGGGAGUCUGGACAGGAUGGACUGCUCCCCUUGAAGAUGAGGAACCUGAUGUGAUCGUGUUACGCUUCCUGGUCCAAGGUGAGACCGGCCUUCUUCUAUUCUCAGGGCCACGAGGCAGGAUGUGACAUUUGAGAGGCCAGCGCGGUACACAGACCACCAGACUAAGGGGACAGUCGGGACCUCAUGCGAUGCCUAAGAAUCCCCAGAUGAAUUCCAAAAACAUCUUGCUGCCUCGGGGGCCUGAAAAAGCUUUUACUUGGUGUGGAAUGUUACGUGUUCUCAUCAGGUGCCUCACGUCCGUGGGUUUCGUUCGUCUCAGUUCGGUGCAGAUGUUUUUGUAAUACCAUGAUUCUGAGCCAGUUUUCACUUACUCUUGGUCCAAAGAGCACUUUUGUUUUCAUGUGGGUGGGGUGUGGCUUCGUUUGGUUUUCGUUUUGUUCCGUUUGUGACCUCAACAGAGACAGGGUAAGAGAAACUAUUUUGUGAUACUAUUAUAGUCCCUGUUCUCAACAUCUGGGCUAUUUAUGUUGUGUCUGUGGAAAUAGCAACCUGGUGAGCACAUGUUGGGUGGUAUGGAUUUAUACCUCGAACAGAGGGAUUUCAGGGAGGGAGAAAGUGAAUGAGAAAAGACUGGGAACAAGAGACUUCUGCCAGAGAGGUGGUGCAGUCUGGGAUCUCUGUGCUGAGUUUUCUGCUUAGGUAGGAAAGCCAGGUGCUUCAGUGGCGUUAGUGGCUGGACUCCCAGUGUGACCGUGGGUCAGACCCUGCCAACGAGGGGCUAUGCUACCCACACAUCCCCCCUGGGAUGGGGCUGCCCCUUCUCCAAGGGUUCAGGGUGGGCAGUAUGGGACCCCUGGACAACUUUUGAGGACAAUUAGCUGAAUGUUGCUAAGUUGCUGCUAAGUAGGAGACCAGCCCCAAGGCUAACCCCCUGCGAACAUGAGGAGCCACGAACCUCAGUACCCUUUACCAAACUGUAGUGUCUGAUGACAUACAAUUAAAUACUAAAGAGUCCUGAGUUCACCUUUGCCAGAGAGAAUGGAUAAAACAGGAAUGCAGCAUUCUGGGUGGUAUUUGGAUAUAACCGGAGAGAGGCUCGUGCCGUCUGCCCCCACGCCCAUUCAGAGGCAUCGGUGAUCGGCCACUGGCCAGGAAUCCCGCCAGCACAUCCCUGUGCAGCCCCCCACGUCAUUACAAUGCAGCGUCUUCACCCAAAGCAGAGGAGGAGGCAGGCUACACUUUCUAUUGCUACUGUACAAAAAUCUAGAAAGUCUGAUGGGUGUUUUUGCCAGUUUGGUAAACUGUCCUAGGAGACUAAUGUUUUAGUAUAAGAUUAUUCCACCACAUACCUUUGUAUCAAUAAGAGUGGCUCCUCACUCCCGGAUAGCCAGAUCUCUAGCUUGGUGGAGGUUCAGUCAGCUGUAGUGUAUUCUUACCGGCCUGGCUGCCUGAGGGGAGUCAGCCCAUCUUCAGAAGUUAACCAGGAGGCAGGAUCUUAACAGUAACUCUUAACAGUAACUCCGUUUGCGAAGUCUCACGGGAAGUAAUGGCCUGUUUCCCUCUGACAUCCCAGUAUAUAUAGUUACAUAUGUAAAUAUCUAAAAACCCCAUGCAAUGGUGAAGACUGUGUACAGAGCAGCCUUCCCAAACGUGGCCCUAGGCAAAAAGCCACUCUUGCCACUUGGCUUGGAUGUGCUGGUGACUCAGCUUUGGGAAUAGAUUCCCAGAUCCAUCUACUCUUCCUGGUCCAGCCAGGAUGCGCCAGAACCUGCCCUGCCUCUGCCUUCUCAAAUGUGACCAUUUCAGGGAGCCACCCUCAGCCUUGGGUUCACGAGAGGAUGAAGCCCCCAGAGACCAGUAGCUGGAGCCUGCUCCCCUAGGCCUGGAGCCCAUCACGGGGCGCUGGACUCUGAGUCCCUGCAUCCGGGUCUGCUUUCCCAACAUUGCCCAUCAGCCCCGGCCUCAGAGAGUCCCAGAGUAACCUACUACCUCCCCAUCGCUCCCGCUAUCCCGGUCACACCCACCACCCCGUCUGCACGCAGAUGAGACCCGCCCCCCAGCCCAGCAGUGAGGCUGUUACCAAUGUUUACAAUUAGGGGCACCUCCUCUGAGGCGUGUUUACUCCCCCACUCCCAGGGCCACUUGCUGGUCUGAGUUUCAUGUCCGUCUGCCCCUUCCCUGGUUGAGGCCGACUUGAACACACAACCCUGAUCUUACGUCCCGACCCUCCAUCCGUCAAGGCCAUGGUGAGGACUGUGUGGGAAGGAUAUUCCUUGUACAUACUCAGCACAGCCCCUAGAGUUUGGACUUGUACUAUUGUUCUGUAAAGAGGGUGAAAUAGAGCUUAUUGUAAAGCGUUGGGAGAAGUAUAGUAUUGUAUUUGUAACAAUAUGGUUCUUUGUAUACACAAAACUCAAUCUCUAUAUAUAAUUAUAAAUAUAUAUAAAUAAGAUAUAUAUACACGUGAGCCUGGAAUGUUGAUGCCGCACACCCACUGAAUGUAUUUCCCCUGACAGUCUGGUCACUGGACUGGCCCACCCUCCCCUCCUCCGUACUGUUUUGGGGGUUGUGAUGUAUUUAAUGUGUUCUCUUCCUUUAUUUAACUGAACGCUAAUGUCUGUAAGAGCUGCCACAACAAUAAACAAGAACGUCACCUCUUG